AUGUAUGUCCGCCAUUGCCUUCGUACAAUAAUACGGAGGUUUAGCACUAGUCCACGGAGAAGGCUCCAUUGGAAAGGCGGUGUGUUCAACAAUACCAUAUUCGUUCAACGGUUACAACAGGGGUACUCAGGAAAUCUCUGGAGAUAUUUUAAUGCUCCAGGCAAUGCUUUCUUUGUUACUACAAAUAUAGUAACGCUUACGGGAAUGGUGCUGUACUCGACAGCAUGUACGAUGUCGAGGCAGGCAAGCGUAGUUGAUUCCUUGGAGAACGGAUUCCCCGUGGAAAAAUCAAGCGUACAAGUCUCAAACAAAAAUGAAAUGCCAGCUAAACUUAAGCAAGUAGAUUUACUUGAGGAUGAAACGGAGUCACAAAUCCUUCGCGCUCCGAACUCAUAUUUGAUCAAAAUGACUUUGUUCUAUUUAUUUUAUUCUUUUCAUGUGUACAAGCAGGCACUGGAAACAGGUGUUGAUGUGGAAAACGAGACAUUACAACAGCUCCUAACUAAUAUCUCAAAAAUCAAAGGAGAUGAUCUAGAGCUUUCCGGCGCCGAAGAUGCAAAGUUUUACAAACAAUGGAAGUUUGAGUUUAAAUCGUUAUUCCGAAACCUAAGCAAAGCUCAACAAUUUCAUUUACCCAAAUCUGAAUCUUUCCCAAAGGAUUUACGCAAUAUUCUUGAACGUUUAGAGAACAGUCCGAUGACGUAUCAUUCGGAUUUUUAUGAAUUCUAUCAAAGUGUAAAUGACAUCUCACAGCGAAGACUCUUACAACUCUGGUAUUAUGACAAUAGCCGUAAUUUUAUGAAAAAGAAUAGUUUCUCGAAUGAAAGAAUAUACGAACAGAUGGUGUUCGAAAGCUCCCAAUGGAACAAUGUACUAUUUGAAAGGUACUUGUCAAUAUUGUACGAUCCUACAAGUCACAAGUUCAAGACCAUGUUCAAUAACAGUUAUUACAACGGAAUAUCUUCAGUCUCUCUGGACACAAUGUUAGCUAUCUUGAAGGGCCUUAUCACAUCAAACCUCUCAAAUAAAAACGACCAUAUCGUGAAAGUGGUAUCUUUACUACGGAAAAACAGCGUCGUGAACGCCAAGAAAAACCUGCGUAUUCUCUUGCCUACGGAUGACAAGCAACCGUUGUUAGACCAAAUUAUGACCCCGGAAAAACGAAAACAGACGUAUUCUGCAAUGGCAAGAAAUCCCGUGGCACUAAAACUACUCUCAAUCCUAGGAGGUGUCACUCAGGACUAA